AUGGAAGAAACAACCACAGCAAUAGUAAUGUAUCCAUCACCAGGGAUAGGUCACAUAAUUUCAAUGGUAGAAUUAGCCAAACUUGUCAUUCAUCAUCAUCAAAACUUCUCCAUCACAAUCCUUCUUACUACUGGCUUUUUUGACAAUCCAUCCAUUGAUUCUUACAUUAACAGAAUCUCAACCUCCCAUCCUUCAAUCACCUUCCACCGUUUCCCCACCGUCACCGUUACUCACUCCGACAAACAAACCAUGGCCGCCACGGCCUUCCACUUCAUCAAAUCUAACUCCGUCAACGUCGACUCCAAACUCCGUCAAAUCUCUCAAACCGCCGUUAUCAAAUCCUUCAUCAUCGAUCUCUUCUGCACUUCCGCUAUGGAAAUUGCUUCCCAAUUCGGAAUUCCGGUUUACUAUUUCUUCACUUCCGGUGCUGCUAUGCUUUCUCUGUAUUCCUAUUUCCCCAAGAUUCAUGCUGAAACGACGGUGUCGUUUAGGGAUAUGGUUGGAGUUGAGAUUGUUGCGCCGGGAAAUGCGGCGUUGAGUGCAGUGUUGAUGCCGGAACCGGUGCUUGAUAGGGAAGAUCCUGCUUAUUGGGAGAUGUUGUAUUUCUGUGAGCAUCUUUCCACGGCGAAGGGAGUUCUGGUGAAUACGUUCCGUGAACUGGAAGUUGCGGCAGUUAAGGCUGUUGAGGAUGGUGCGUGUUUUCCGGAUCGGGAACCAAGUCCUCCUCCUGUUUUCUGUAUCGGACCGUUGAUUGCUGAUGCUCAACAACAAGAGGAAGCAACGGGCAGCGAAGAUUGCUUAUCAUGGCUAGAUAAACAACCAAGUAGAAGCGUUGUUUACUUGUGUUUUGGAAGCCGUGGAUCGUUCUCUGUGGCACAAUUGAAGGAAAUAGCUGAAGGGUUAGAGAGGACUGGACACAAAUUCUUAUGGGUUGUGAAGAGGCCAAUACAAGAACAUCUUGGAAAGAAUCAAGUUCAUGGUACAGCAGGGGAGUUUGAGUUGGGUUCUGUUUUGCCAAGUGGGUUUAUAGAGAGAACAAAAGAGAGGGGCCUGGUGGUAAGGUCAUGGGCUCCACAAGUCGAGGUGCUGAGCCACGAAUCAGUCGGUGGGUUUGUAAGUCACUGCGGAUGGAACUCGGUGCUGGAAGGGGUGGUGGCUGGAGUGCCAAUGAUUGCAUGGCCAUUAUAUGCAGAGCAGCAUGUUAAUAGGAAUGUGAUGGUGGAGGACAUGAAGGUUGCUGUCGCGGUGGAGCAAAGGGAAGGAAAUGGGUUUGUGAGUGGAGAAGAAGUGGAGAAGAAGAUAAGAGAGUUGAUGCAGUCUGAGAGAGGGACAGAGAUAAGAGAAAUGAGUUUGAAAUUCAAAGACAUGGCUAGGGAUGCACUUGGAGAAUUUGGGUCAUCCACGAAAGCACUUUCCAAUUUGGUUCAAACAUGGAACAAUAACUAG